CUAUUAUAGACGACGCGGCGUCGUGGCGGCGCUAAGAUCGUACAAAUAUUUAUGGUGUUCAGUGCGGUUCCACGUUCGGUCGAAAAUGGCGGCCGGUCCGAUAGCGGAACGCAAUCAAGAUGCAACGAUUUAUGUCGGAGGCUUGGAUGACAAAGUCUCCGAGUCCCUUUUGUGGGAAUUGUUUGUACAGUCUGGACCUGUUGUCAACGUUCACAUGCCAAAAGACAGGGUGACGCAGAUGCAUCAAGGAUAUGGAUUUGUUGAAUUCAUGGGAGAGGAAGAUGCUGAUUAUGCCAUUAAAAUCAUGAACAUGAUUAAACUCUAUGGCAAGCCCAUACGGGUAAAUAAAGCUAGUGCACAUCAAAAGAAUCUUGAUGUUGGAGCCAAUAUUUUUAUUGGUAAUCUUGAUCCUGAAGUUGACGAAAAGUUACUUUAUGAUACAUUCAGCGCAUUUGGAGUUAUCCUUCAAACACCAAAGAUUAUGAGAGAUCCGGAAACAGGCAAUUCAAAGGGCUUUGCCUUCAUAAAUUUUGCGUCCUUCGAUGCAAGUGACGCAAGUAUAGAAGCCAUGAAUGGCCAGUAUCUUUGCAAUCGACCGAUUUCCGUAUCCUACGCCUUCAAACGCGACGCGAAGGGCGAGCGUCACGGAAGCGCAGCUGAACGUCUCCUUGCCGCGCAGAACCCACUCAGCCAGGCGGACAGGCCUCACCAACUGUUCGCGGACGCGCCACCUCUGAUUCCCACGUCAAUGCCAAACGUCGGCAUGCCUCAGCCGCAUCCUCAGCAUCACAUGAUGCACGGCAUGGUUAUGCCACCGCCUCCACCACCGUCAGCACCGGUACCACCGAUGGGUCACCCACCACCACCACCGGUACCACCGCCGCCGACGGGAUUCCCGGCAAACAUCCCGCCGCCACCGUUGCCACCUAUGCCCAACAUGCCAUCGCAUCCGCCAUUACCUCCGGGUAUGCCUCCACCACUUCCACCCAUGCCGAAUCAGCAAGGUCAGCAACAGAGGAUGAUGCCACCCACGCACUGGGCCCAACAAGGUCAAUUCCCACCGCCACCACCACCGGGCGGUGGAGCCCCUCCGCAGUUUGGACAGUUCCAGCCACCGCUGCCUAGAGCCCCACCAGGUUGGAGGCAUCCCCAUCCGCCGCCGCCUUUCCCGCCCAGAGGACCACCGCCACCACCACCUCCUCAAGAGGGACAGCAGUUCCAAUAAGUUCGGCGAGAAACGUGCGAUCGAUUUCUGUGAAACGCUAAAGAGACACUUGUAUUUUCCGUUAGAUUUAAGUUGUGGAUGCCGAGAACGAUAAAUUAAUUCUUAGAAAUAAAUUUGUAUACCAUUGACAACGUGACUAUAUGACUUUUUUUUAGAUCCGUUUCGAUUUCAAAGUCCAGCUAUGACUAUUAGUUUGAACCUUUUUUGUUUGUUGUGAACACUGGACAAUUAUUGAAAAAUCAGCUAGAUAAAGAUUUUAUUUGACGAACCACAUCGAUAGCCAAACUGUUAUUUACAAUAUUUUUCUACUCGACGUGAAUAAACUGUAAUAUAAGCGA